GGGGGAGAGCCUCGCCGCCUCCCCGGCCCCCGGACAUGUCGGAGCAUAAGGCCGUUGAUCCCAAAUUAUCGACGACGGACAGGGUGGUGAAAGCUGUCCCAUUUCCUCCAAGCCACCGUCUCACAGCUAAGGAAGUGUUUGAUAAUGAUGGAAAACCUCGUGUGGAUAUCUUAAAGGCACACCUUAUGAAAGAAGGGAGACUGGAAGAGAGUGUCGCUUUGAGAAUAAUAACAGAGGGAGCUUCGAUUCUCCGCCAGGAAAAAAAUUUGCUGGACAUAGAUGCACCUGUCACAGGUUAGUGUGGAGUUCAUUGUGAUGGAGAAGAAUGGUUGCUGGGACAUGUUUAGUAAUGCAUUAGUGUAUGUGGCUUCCUAAGGCACUGAAAGACAGCUUGAAAAUCAGUUGUUCUCUCCAAUACUUGAUUUGCUCUUUGACUGCUACCACUGGAUAAUGGAGGCCAUUAAGCAGCUUGUACUUUAAAGGAAAGGAUUACCUCUGCAGAGCCCUUUCUGUUUCUAAGGCAGAGAACAUUUUUAGUCUUUAGGAGAAAAUUAGAACUACUUUCUGAAACUUGAAAAGUUAGUUGGCCUUUUUUUACCAACUAUUAAUUCUGUAAUUUUAUAGAUGUUAUUUAUCAUAGUAGGAUUGUUCAGACAUACAGACAUCAUUGGGCUCUGGAUGUCAUGAAGUUCAACAAGGCCAAGUGUAGGGACCUGUACAUGGCUUGAGGCAAUCCCAAGCACAAAUAAAGGCUGGGCAGAAAAUGGACUGAGAGCAGAGGUGAUGAGAAGGACUUGGGAGUGUUGGUGGAUGAGAAACUCAACAUGCCUUGGCAAUGUGCACUUGCA